CGGCCGCCGCAGGUAGAUCGCUCCUGCUGCUGCUCUGCUCCCGGGGAGGCGGUGGGGGAGCCGGCGGCUGCGGAGCGCUGACUGCCGGCUGCUUUCCAGGGCUGGGUGUCAGCCGCCACCGGCAGCACCAGCAGCACCGGACGGUCUUUCAUGACCAUUCCUUCAGUGGCUGGCAAGAUACCCACCUCACUCUUCAUGUUCCAUGCCAGUGACAUCUUAGCUGCUAGAGUGUGGAGCUGGCCUGUGGGAGUCAAGUAUUGGUGAUGUGACCUGUUCAUGCAGGGGAAUCUUGAACAUUCGCAGGUGCACCAGAGGCCGGCAUCCUGGCAGAGCUUGGGAGCUGCGUAUUGCAGUACAGUUGCGCCCUCUGAUGAUGUGACAGUGGUUUAUCAAAAUGGGUUACCGGUGAUAUCUGUGAAGCUACCGUCCCGGCGUGAGCGCUGCCAGUUCACGCUCAAACCUAUCUCCGACUCUGUUGGUGUGUUUUUACGACAACUGCAAGAGGAGGACCGGGGAAUCGACAGGGUCGCAAUCUAUUCUCCAGAUGGCGUUCGUGUUGCUGCCUCUACAGGAAUAGACCUCCUCCUCCUCGAUGACUUCAAGCUUGUCAUUAAUGACUUAACGUACCACGUACGGCCACCAAAGAGAGACCUCCUAAGCCAUGAAAACGCAGCAACCCUGAAUGACGUGAAGACGCUGGUCCAGCAGCUCUACACCACACUGUGCAUCGAGCAGCACCAGCUCAGUAAGGAGCGGGAGCUCGUGGAGAGGUUAGAGGACCUCAAGCAGCAGCUGGCCCCCCUGGAGAAGGUACGAAUUGAAAUUAGCAGGAAAGCUGAGAAGAGGACCACCUUGGUGCUAUGGGGUGGCCUUGCCUACAUGGCCACGCAGUUCGGCAUUUUAGCCCGGCUUACCUGGUGGGAAUACUCCUGGGACAUCAUGGAACCCGUCACCUAUUUCAUCACGUAUGGAAGUGCCAUGGCCAUGUACGCAUAUUUUGUAAUGACGCGCCAGGAAUAUGUUUACCCAGAAGCCAGAGACAGACAAUACUUAUUAUUUUUCCAUAAAGGAGCCAAAAAGUCACGUUUCGAUCUAGAGAAAUACAAUCAACUCAAGGAUGCAAUUGCUCAGGCAGAAAUGGACCUUAAGAGACUGAGGGACCCGUUACAAGUACACCUGCCCCUCCGACAAAUUGGAGAAAAGGAAUGACUUGAGAUGAGAGUGAAUCCCGGCAGAGAGAACACCUGUCUGUAACUCAAGCCUUUUUAAUUAAAGCAUUGCAGGUGGAAGCUGGGGCCAUGUGGGGUAGAGGGUGUUUACCUUUAAUUCUCAAACAAAACACAACAAGGAUCUUAGGGGGGAAAAGGGAUAUCAAACUCUGAGGAUCAGGCAUCGUGGAAUACAAGUGCAAAGGGCUUAGUGAAUCCUGUCUUACGCAUCUUCGUUUCCAAAUGAGAGUGAUGCAGUUAUGGCUGAGAGAGCGGAGCAAACAUGAUGCUGGGGUGUUCAGUCCUUGCAUCUUUGCAGGGUCUGCAAAAACACUAACACACCAGCACCCCAUUCAGCUCUAGGUUUGUUUUUUGGUGUUUUUUUUUUUUAUUUAAAGUUUCUUAUUUUUGACAUAGGAAUAAAUAACUAUAUAAGAAAAGCAAAUCUCAUGAUGCAUGGUUGGCAGGGUAUGAGCUGGUGUGGUUAGCCUUCAUUUUAAACUGGGCACAGGCUCUGCAAAGUUACCAGAAUCUCUCCAUUCUGCGUCCCUUUCCUCGCCACCUACCUAUUAUGUAUACCUGUUGGUUACACUACCUUUAUCCAAAUAAUCAUUGGAAUCAAUUUAUCAUUGUUUGAUGAUUGACACUUGGAUUGUCUCUUAAUGAGUCCUCAUGUCUGUCGCCCAGGACUCAGAAUCAGUGUCUAGAAAUCACUGGCAAUACUGCAUGAGGGU